AUGCCGAUAGAAACGAACAAGAAUUGGUGUUGCUCGCUGUCGCCGCGCGUCGCGACGCCGGGGGCCGCAGACGCAGAGGAGCCGCCUCCCGCCCAGUCCGCCCCCGGGGGCGGAUGGUCAUGGCCGCAGGCGCAGCCGGGGGCGGUCCCCGGUUCGGUGCCCGAGCGCGCCGCACGUUGUCUCAGCUGCGCAGACUCAGCGCUGGGUCUGGACGAGGAGACCACUGCUAUUGACCUUUCGGCACCAGUGGAAGCACGCGCUCAUCCACCACUUACCCUCCAGCAGAUCCCAAACCAGACAAUUGCCAGACACCACCAGCAGACGGCACUGCACGACCUGGAAUUCGACCAGAAGGAAGCGAGGCAUCACUGGAAUGAGGACACCGAAGUUCCCAUUUCACCUCCCCCUGACGACGGGCGUUACGACAGUGGACUUGGCCCCGAAGAUGUCUCACCAGCUUGUUACAACCGUCAGCACUCUCUGUCAUCGUGGCCUGCUACCGUAGACAGUUUCAAGAAACCGACUAUCGCUAGAUUGGACAGCGGUGUCAGCAUCGAAGAGGGGCAAGAACGCGACGUCUUGAAAGUGACGCGAGGUGUCGGGUUGUUGAGGCUCAGAGGGCUGACAGAGGUUAGUGAUGGCAGUGGCCUACAGACGAAAGACUGGUUUGGUGAAGAGAAAACUCUCGUAUUAUCUGAAGAUGAUAAAACGGCUCAAGAUGAACGUGUGGCGAUUCGUGCCAAUAUUCACGAGCACGUCACUGGUGACGAAAGACGACAGUGGUAUUCUCUCUCGAGAGUCAGCGAGCAGAAUGAGACAGAAAUAUUGGGCAGUACUAGGAGGGCGUCUGAGGCGCCAGAAAUUGUAGACAGAGACGAGAUUUUCCGUUCUGUCGGGUCGCACGGCAACGGAUCGGACCGCGGCAAGAACUUGGAAGUCUGCAGCAAGUGGUGCGAGACUGGUAAGGUCACUUCGGCGAGCACUGAGGACUUGUGUGCAGAGAUCAGGAGGAACCACGCCUCGGAGUGGGAGGUCGCCAGAGACGAGAAGGCAGACCUACCGAGCGACCGAGACUGGCCCGAAUCGAGGAAGGCCUCUUCGGUAACCGGCGAAGACGACCGGGAGUGUUCCUGGCAGGGUCGCCAAGGAGAUAUUGUUCCCGCCACCUCCUGGACUGACGACUUCGGCACCGACACUAGGUCGAAAGGAUGGAGUUCCUGGAAUACUGGGGAGAUGGACGAAGAGAUGGAGAGACAACCUCCAGAGAUUGGGACUCUCGGGGGUUUGUACCUGCCCGGGCGCCCAGGUAUGAAGUUCGACCCGGAGCGAGACACCGUGUUGCACCACGGUGACCACGAGGACCUCGCGGGGGAGUCGGAAGACUGCGUCGUGGAACUGAGGCGGCAGUCGACGCAGAGCUUCGACGACGGGGAGGAGGGCCCGCCGGGGCAGGCGCGCUACUGGAGGACGCCCUCGGUGGUGGUGAGCGAUUACUCGGACGACGUGCCGUACUGCGGGCCGCCGUGGGAGGGCGGGGGCGACGCGGGGGCCGACGACGGCGACCAGCUGAGCGAGUGCGGCAGCUCGUGCAGCGGGCUGUCGGCCGCCGACACGGAUGUCGACGGGGGCCUGCUGACGCCCGAGAGGAAGGCCUCCGACUGCUCGACGUGCUCCACGCUCAGUGGCGACGACGACGCCAGCGUGGAGGCGCUGCUGCAGCCGGUGCGGACUCGACCAAAGGUAAGACGGCAGCCACUGUGCACAUUCGGUACGGCGUACCACCUGCGAAAAUGGCGCCUCUAUGUGGACAAAGACGGCGGCGGCUCCACUGCAGUUGCUGAUCCUCUUCAGGGGUUACGUGCUAAUUAA